AUGAGGAGGAGGUUGCGUCGUCAGCUGAAAUGUGAUCGUGAGAACGGAUGGACGUCAAGAGCGAAAAAGUUUGAGGGAGGGCAAGAAGCCGAGAAAAGCCUAUACUCUGCUAAGGCAUUAGCAUUUUUGGACUUCGAAGCCACUUUCGACUCUCCUUACCGUGGCCGUCUUCUCAAUGCGCUUUGUGCCGAUGGAGUUCCAGGAGAAUUUGUACGCCUAAUAAAGGACAUGAAUAGAAGAAUAACUGCUGCGGUCCGAACACCAGCCGGAUGUACUACACCGAUCGAAGUGGAAACUGGAGUAAGACAAGGGGUUGUGGCGGGACCCUUUCUGUUCAACUUUGCCGUCGAUGGCAUAACGCGAAGAACAGUUGAGUAG